UGCUGGAUGCCUCACAUUGCUCCAGACAUGGAUCUAUGAGUACUUCCCCGCUUUCCGCCCUCAUCCUCGCCGAGAUGAUGUGCCAAACACGACUAGGGCGGAGAUGUGGACGCCGAAGAAAGUAGGUCGUGAGCUGGACAGGUUGAUAUCAUUCCGCAAGGUUCUGGACUCAAUGACAGAGACUCAGGUUGAAUGGACUCCCUACAAUUGUGGAGCUGCUGCGUUGCUGAAUGAGCACCCACGCACCACAGUCAUCGGGGGUAUCACCUGCUUUGAUGUUGUGGAGGUGUAUUUGCCGGAGCGGGCAUUGCGACAGAUUGGGUUCGUGCAGUCUAUUCCUCCAGCUCCUAUGAGACCAGCCAAGGCUCUUCGACCGGCACACGGAACCUACUCCGUGACCUUUCCUUCUUCUGCUGCUGCAUUUGUGGAGGCGUGGAGUAGGUUCCCCUACAGUGGCCGCCUUGUUGAGCAGGGACUUCGACGGGCUACUGUUCCUUCAGAGACUGAACCUAAUUACGUUGAAUGGUUCAGAGUUUGCUCGCACCCGUACAUAUCCCGAGACGAAUUGCUGGCUUCCGGUCCUGGUCUUGGUCAGAGCAGAUGUGAUUACUUCGCGAAAGAAUGGGCCAGUCGAUUCUCUCCAGUGGCAAGACUACCUACGCGGCUUGCGGAUUUGAACUCCCGUCAACGACAUGCGUUAGAAAUAUACCUUAAUGAUUGUAGAGAAUUAUAUGAUCAAUGGCAAACUGAUCAAGGGCAAGGCCCUGAAUAGUCUGUACUGAAACUAUUUUACAUUAUUUAUUGCAUUUAAUUUCGUCAAUGAUUGCAUUUAAUUUACAUAAAUAUACACACUAACCCACAUCACACAAAUACAUGUAUAUUUGUCUACCAGCAUUAUAAAUUCCUCCUAUUAAUCAAAGAAAUAAAUAAAUUGUUAACAGCACACACUGUAG